AAAUUCAUCAAGAAUAUACUAUAUAAAGUAUUUGGUUUGUAAAUGUUUCAAUUUUACUUUUUUAUUUUUUAGACUAAGUUUUACUUAUAUAUAAACAUACCCAUUGAAAAAAAAAAAAAUAUGACAAUCCAAGUUAGAGAAAUAACAGACUCAAGUUAUGCUCAAACAUUAUCAGACUUGGGCAGAAGAUUAUUUUCUGAUACCUUUUCUGAUGCUAAUACAGCCUCUAAUAUGCAAGCUUAUCUUGAUGAAAGUUACACAGUAGAAAUUCAAACAAAGGAAUUAGCUGAUCCCUCCAUGUCUACAUUCAUGGCAUAUGAUACGGAAAAUGAUUCACCUAUAGGUUUUUGUCAAUUAAGACAAAACAAGGAUGUGUAUGACUUUAUUCAAGAUCCCGAUGCUAUUGAGCUUCAAAGAAUCUAUGUGGAUAAACGAUAUAUUGGUAAAGGGGUUGGUAAAGCACUUUUGAACUCAAGUCUUGAAAAAGCCCGUCAGUUAGGCAAGCAAACAAUGUGGUUAGGUGUUUGGGAGCAUAAUCCUUCAGCUAUUAGCUUUUAUACACGUCAAGGUUUCUAUAAAGUGGGAAGCCAUACAUUUAAAUUAGGUUCACAAGAAGAUACAGAUCAUAUCAUGAUCAAGAAACUUUAAAUAUAGACUUAUUUUAUUCUUUAUAAAUAAAUAUUAGAUUUUUAAUGUAC